AUGGCGUCGCCGGCGGCGGAUCCGCAGCCGAAGAAACGUAAGGUCGCCGACGCCCAGGAACCAAGCCCCUCCUCCUCCAAUCCGGCACCCGCGCGGCUUCCUUCCCCUGCUCCGCCGCCUCCCGAAACCCUAGGUGCUGUGGCGCCUUCAACCUCCUCCCCACCUCCGACGGAAACGGCAUCCCAGUCGCCGGAGGAGGUGAGGCUUCAAAAGCUCCGCAACCAGGAGGAACUGAGAAAUGUCUUCCAGCGCUACAACCGUAUCCGCAAGUACAUACAGGAGCACAAAGACGGCGGCCUCACGCCCGAGCUGGAGCAGGAUUAUCUCUAUCUCAUCUCCGCCUCCCGAGGUUGUGAAAGCGUACAAUGUUUUCUAUCUUUGCCAGUCCCUCGAUUUGCCUCACGCUGUCCUACUGCACUCGAGGCGGCAACUAAAGUUACCAUCAACAUGUACAAAUGCAACAUGGCCACUGUAAAGAGAGGGGAUGAUUUGAAAGGUGUGCCAUACAAGACAGCUAAAGCAUGUAUCAUUGGCUUAACUCACAUAUGCUCUGCAGCAUCUUCUGAAGAACUCAAGUCAUCUGUUAUGAAAGGAAUCUGCUCCGUCGUUUAUAGAACUGUUCUCUCGUUCUUUAUUUCAACCUUGGAGGGGAAGGAUAUCUAUCAUAUGAUCUAUACAAAACAUGCAAUGCUUCAGGACCCUGUGACGUUAUUAGAAACUUUAAAAUUGGAGUUGGACAAUGCUAAGCAACCAACAAUUGAUAAUUUAUCUGAACUGGGAGCUAUUUGCUUGCUUUGCACAUUCCUUUUGUUCCCAGAGAAUAUACUAGAAGCCUGUUUUACGCUGCUUGCUUCUGCAGAAUGUGAUGAUGUAAAAGGAGAAGGGUUAUACCUUUUAAAUCAGUUGACCUGUCAUCUGACCUGUAAUGCUGCAAAUGUUGCUAUGGGUGAUAAGAUUGAUGAGCAGUGUCUUGUGAUGGAAGGAAAUCUGUCCGGCACCAAUAAAAUUGUUGAUUCAAAUCCUGUUGUUUCGGAAAAUGCUAUGGAGUCAAAUGAGUGUUACAUCACAAUGGCCAUCUCUAGGCAUCCAUCUCUGAGACGUUGGAUAUUAUCAAGGUACAAGAAAUUAUGUGAUUCUUGUAAACCUGCUGUGGUUUCUGAGGUGUCAUCUUGUUUGAAAGUUCUGGGCUCUUUGUCAGAACCUUCUGAGGAUAAAAGUCACACAGACAAUGAAUCAUCAGUGCUGGAGAAACUUGACAACAACGUCAGAGAAAAUAUGCGACCAGAUGAACUACUUUCUUCGUCUGAGCAGGGAGCACUUGCAAAAACUGAGUGUGUCAAUAAUUAUGGAAAUAAGUCUUCACAGAACAUGAAUGUGGACAUGGUUCGUUCUGAUAAUCAGAAAUCUGAUGUGCUCACAGAUGCAAAAUUGAAUGACUUCAAAGGACGUACUGUUGUCUCUGAUGCACGGCAUCAAGGUACAAGACCGGAUCUGCUUAUGCCAAAAUCCGUGUAUGAUCCUGCUGGAGGAUCUACAUCACUUACUUCUCCAGGACAACAUUUUGGAAGGGCAAAGCAUUUAUUUUCUGAACCAUUUGAUAUUUAUGGCACUUAUGUUGCAAGGGAUGUGAUUUCAGUUUCAAAGGAACUUUGGGUUGGUUCACUGGGAAAUAGAGCUACGGAGUCACUGGUCAGAUCCAAGUUUGAGGAGUUUGGCCCAUUAGUAAAUUUUUUGUUCUAUCCAUCCAAAAAAUUUUCCUUAGUUGAGUAUAGAAACAUAUUACAUGCUGUGCAUGCAUGUGGAUAUAUGCAGGGUUCAUCUAUUUGGGGAGGUUUUCUUCAAAUAAGGUAUUUAGACAGGCUUAUAGGUAGUAAGGGAUUUAUUCGUGGUAUAACUAUUGGUGACAGCCGUCAUAUUUAUGUUGCUAAAGUCAAGAAUAAAAAAGACAAAGAUGAGGUUUUUGAUGAGUUAAAGAUGGCAGGGCUGAAGUGGCCAUCUGGGAUUACUGAUAUCUCUGGUGAAAAUGCUUUGCUUCUUGAAUUUGAGACGGCAGUUGAUGCAGCUACUGCGAAAUUCUAUAUUAGGCACCAAGCUCCUCCAGAUGUUUGUUCCAGGGAUAUGAAUCCACCUGGUCAUCAGCUUUUGGUGCAAAAUAUAGACCACUCAGUCCCUGACAUCGACUUAAUCAAUGCCUUCUCUCAAUUCGGUGAGGUCAUCAGGAACCAAUUCAAUAGGUCUGAUAGCAGCUGCUUUAUAGUUUAUAGAUCACAAGAUGCCGCUGCCCGUGCAAAAUCACACUUACAUGGAGCACGAUUUGGGUUGAAGUCACUUAGUGUUGAAUUAAGGACAUGCAGUGCAGGAUCUGUUCAUGAUAAAACAGCGCCACCUGUCGCUCCGUUGUUAGGCCAGAGUGUUCCUGACAACAGCGCGCACCAUGAGAUCAGGAAUCCAAGAGUUCCAGGAUAUCAUGCAGGAUAUGCAGCACCAGGGGAUCGACCUAUUUAUGGUCCGCCACCUCCAAAUACAAGCAGAGCUCCACAAGGAAUUUUUCCUUGCCCACCUGUUUCCACACACCAUGGUUCUGUAAUACCACCGCCACCUAUUCAAACCUCUUUUGUUCGUCCUAUAUAUCCUGGUCCAGGGAGUCCCUGGGAGAACACUACUCCAAAUCCACCGCCCUUCAGCCAUGUUUCUCCCCGCAUGAUGCCUGGAAGUAGCUUCCGUGUUAAUCCAGCUUCUCUUCCUUUCAUACCCUCUUGUGUUACCCCUCUUCCACAGCUUCCUGGAGGUUCAGCACAGCAUUCUGAGAAAAUGCCACCGUCACUACCUCUGCCAACUAUAGCUCCCCCACCAUUUACACCUCUAGAUAUGCCACCUCCACCCCCACCGCCACUACCUAUUUUCCAGCCACCUUUAGUGCCGCCACCCCCAAAUUCUCCUCCGCCGCAACCUAUUGCUGAUUCAUCUGACUCGCAAAAGUCAAGUUCUCACCCUCAAUGGCAGGGUCCUCUUUUAAAAAGUGGCAUGCAUUAUUGCAGAAUCUAUGCAAGCAGAAUAGAGUUGGAUACCUGCAGAUAUGAAAAUUCUGUUUCUGAACCAGCAGAAUGGCCUUCAGAGCUAGAUGUGACAAAGCGCUCAGCUUUCCAGCAUGUGAAGACAACUUUCAACAAUACACCACCUAAUAAGAGAGAAGUUUGCCGGCUCGUGCCUUGUUCAAAUGGUGAUCAGAGAGGGUUCCGGGAUUUCAUAAGCUAUCUGGUACAGAAAGACUGCGCUGGCGUGAUUAGGAUUCCUGCUGUGAAGGCCAUGUGGACGAGGAUACUAUUCAUCCUUCCUCCCACAUCUGAUACAUGUGGCAUGGUAGGAAUCCCCCCUGUUCCAGCGGACACUAUGAUUGUUGUAACUUUGCCCAAGGAAACAACCAUCGAAGCAUCAUGA